GAAGCUGAAAUGAAACGAAGGGCAGCACUGGCCGAACGACCCCAUAAAUUUGUCGGAAAGCGACAAACAGAUGAGUCAGAACUUAUAACAGAAGAAAUGGCAAGAACCUAUUGUAGUAACAAUGUUACAACAGAAACAAUUGAAAAGAAUCAACACCUGCUUGGUGGAUUUAAUAUGACACAGGCAAUAGACGAAUGCACAUGGGAUGUCCACACUGGGCAAGAUCUUGGAUGGAUUGCUACACACAAACAAGCAGCAGAUUCCGCUAUUGAAAUCGGUUACAAAAGAGAUGCGAAUUACACACUUUCUCACAUUGAGGAAUUGAAGGAGUUCAAAAUGCAGUUGUGUCCAUUCAAUUGCAACGGCAAUGGUGUUUGCCAGGAAAAUGGUACAUGUACGUGUGACAGUUUAUAUUUUGGUCCUGACUGUGAAAGUAAUAAAUCUAAUGGGCCAAUCAUAGAAGAUAUUGAAGGAGGCGGAUUCUGUGAUCAGCGUUUUGGGAGUGAAUGUAGAUGUUUUUCCGUACAGACAGAAGCACUGGCAGAGUCCUUUCAAUGCAAGAUGGUUAGACAAAAGAAAAUGUUGAGUGGGGAUACGCUAACAAUUGGAUCGGAUUCAACAGAGGGCAGAUAUCGAAAUCUUUACAAUGGUGAAUGCUGCUUUGCUGAAGGGAGACGAAAGCGCUCGAGUGACACAGAAACAAGUGUACUGCAUUACUUGUAUGACAUAUCAGUCAGUAACGAUGGCAUGAACUUCGGCCCGGUCACGAUUGUUUACGUUUUUGAUUCGUUGUGCCUGAAUAAAGAUACAGACAAUGAUGGGAACGUGCAAUUUACAGUUAAGGCUGACACUUGCCUAAUAGAUGGCUACUGCUACGAACAAAAUGACGUGAAUAUAAGUAACGUUUGCUUCAAGUGUGAUCCCAGUAUUUCUCAAUACAACUGGACUCAAGGCUGCAUGGCAUCCCCAAAUGACGAUGAAGGGAGCCUAAGUGCUCCUACUAUAGCUGGUAUUGUUAUUGGAGUGAUUGUUGGAAUUAUUAUUGUAACAACGAUAGUGGUCGUUGGUUAUAAGAAAGGAUGCAAGAAAAGUUCAGUCAAUGCAUCUAUGGAAUUUUCGUCAGGGCCAUUCGUAUCGCGAGAACCUAGUAGAAUGUCCUUUAACGUCGACAACCUUACUUAUGGGCAAACAUAUUAGCUCUUACCAAAAUCGAAUCGGAUAUGCGGAGAGUAACCAAGAUGUUCACGUUUGAUAUUGAAUAUAAGCAGUGUUACUUGAAGAAGUCCUUAUAAUGCCCCUACAACAUAAUCCAUGUAGCAUAAUGAACUUCUCAUUCUAGUAUAUACUAGUAUUCGAGACGAACUCGUUUAUUUAUCUUUAACUUUCAAGAAGCGUUUCACGUAUUCCAAACACUUAAUGCAGUUAACUUUGUGAUAUGAAGAUGAAUUAGUGCAAACUAUUUUCACAAUAUGAAAGUAAUAACGCUGUAAAUCUUCAAAACGUCCUCACAACUGUACGGACAGAGUGGCAGAACGAAAUGAUGUAAUUAUGUUUCCUUUUGUCAGAAAAUGAUUAAAGUUACUUGAUGCAAAAAAAAAAUGAAUGAUGUUUAUUAUAAAGAAAUGUUAAUAUAUCAUCAACAUAAAAUAUUGGAAAAUCAAGAUUUAUUCAUGUAUCGAUAUUAUACAAUCAACAUUGUAGGGCCUCCGUGGCCGAGUGGUUAAGGUCGCUGACUUCAAAUCACUUGCCCCUCAUCGAUGUGGGUUCGAGCCUCACUCGGGGCGUCGAAUUCUUCAUGUGAGGAAGCCAUCUAGCUGGCUUACGGAAGGUCGGUGGUUCUACCCAGGUGCCCGCUCGUGAUGAAAUAAUGCACGGAGGGGCACCUGGGGUCUUCCUCCACCAUUAAAGCUGGAA